GGAGUAGAUAGGCCAUCCAUUCCGUUCCACAUGAUUUUUAAAGGCCCUUAAGGUUCAAAAAAACAAAACCAAAUGUAGGUAUGAACCAAUUCUCUUAUUCUUCUACUCAAUGGCUGCAUUUUCAUCCACCCUUCACAAAUUAUCUUGUUCUACCUCAUAUCCCUCUCUCUCUUUACCUGUGAAUUUUCCCCAUGCCCAACUUUCUCCGGUACAAAUUGGGAAACCAGAGAGCUUGAGGAUAAAAAAUGGAGCAAAACCCAAGUUUCUAAAUUAUAGAUUGUUACUUGUUAACCCACUCUUGUUUGUUAAUGGUGGUGAAAGGCCACUAGACACGCAGACUUUGCUUGUAACCAUUAGCGUCUUGAUUACAAUCACACUCUCUCUCCUCUUGGGUUUUAAGGGGGAUCCAGUUCCUUGCCAAAGAUGCGCUGGGAAUGGAGGAACAAAGUGUGUAUUUUGCAGUGAUGGCAAAAUGAGGCAAGAAACAGGCUUGGUUGAUUGUCGUGUAUGUAAAGGUGCAGGCUUGAUACUAUGCAAGAAAUGUGGGGGUUCUGGUUAUUCGACGCGGCUAUGAGUGGCCCUCUGUGUGGUGUAUAUAUGCAUUAUUUGUUCUAGUUUUGAGUGGGUUGAGUUGCAAAUGCAUGAAUGUGUCAACGGCUUGCAAAUUUGGCAAUGACCUUGUUUUUUUUUAAUUAAUUUAUUUUUAUCCCAAAAUUGAUUGUAGUAAUUGUAAUAGGUUCACCUUAUUGGGUUGCUCGAGUUAUUCUUACAAAGUGGGUAUAAAAAUGCUCAGGGGUUGUUUGGUUCA